UUAGGCUACCUUACCUCGUAUAAAUAGUUAAUUCUUCUUCUUCUAAUAAGCGAUCCCACCCACUAUAGGGAAUUUAAGAACACGUACAGAGUUUGAAGACGAAGUCAUAUCUUCCCAGCAAAAUGGAACGGCAGCUGUCUGAAGAUGAUGAUGAUGAUGAUAAUUCAUAUGUCAUAGUUGAUUUCGAGAAUUUCCCUAAAAUCUUUAGUGAUUCCGACAAGAUAUCAUAUGCAUCCGACAACUCCUCCGGCGAGGUACAAGUAACAGAGCCGUCAUCGGACACAGACACAGACACGAGCAAUGGUUGUUGGGAAUUCAACAACGAUGUGGAAGAAGAGCAAUUAUGUCCAUUUGAAACCAAUAUCUGUCUGCAAGAACCUGAUAAUCUUAGCUGUCCUUAUGAAGUUGAUGAGAAAAACAGAGAACUGAAAGACAUUGUCAAAUUUGAAGUUCUUCCAUUACUUCCUGCAAAACUGCUUCUCAAAUUCCGGUCUGUUUCUAAAGAUUGGGAUAGAUGGAUCUCCUCACCCUUCCUGGCUCAUCAGCAAAGCUAUCUUCACAGAGAUUUAUCGGGAUUCUUUCGUCAAUCAGGCCAAGAUGAAGAUGAUAAUCCUACUUCUAUAACUUUCAUUGCGUUUGACGACAAAUCUUCAUGUUCUGGCAUUCCCAAACCACUUGAAUUCCUGCCUGAAUCUAUCUCGUUGAUAACAUCCAACCAUGGCCUGCUUUUAUGCAGAGGCAAUGGUUGGGAAAAUGAAGGGGCUUACUAUGUCUGCAAUCCUUUGACCAAACAAUAUCGUGAGCUUCCUAAAAGCAAUUAUCUUCACUGUCAGGAAUCUGCAAUUCUGGUUUUCGAGCCAUCAGUGCUCAAUUUCGCAGCUGAAUAUCAAGUGGUCGCUGCCCAUUCCAUGAUGGACCAACCCUUUGUCCUUUUCGAAAUCUAUUCAUCUAAAGACAAUACAUGGAGAUGCUCAGAGACUAUUUGUUUGGAACUUGAAGAGAAUGUUGAAUUCGUUGAAUGUUUUUACAUGAAGGGACAUGUAUAUUGGCAAACAACCUCUCGUUCAAUUCUGGCUUUCGAUUUGAAAACAGAACAUUGUGGUGUUAUGUCACUUCCUAUGGCUGUUGGGUUAAAGAAAGGGGUGUUAACUGAAUUGCAGGGCGAGUUUAGCUAUGUUCAGAUAGAGUCACGUCGAUCAUCCGAUGCAAUCGUGAUUAAUAUCUACCAAGGAUGGGAUUUUGGGGUGAUGAAAACAUUGAAGUUGCCGAUUGCUCGUAAUGCGAUGACUGCGGGGAUUAUUGAUAGGGAUGAUUGUUGCCGUCUUCUACAAUCUGUUGAAGGUGAAAUAUUGAUUCUAUUAUGUGAAGACAGGGUUUAUGGUUACCAUUUGAAGGAAAAAGAAAUCGUUUUGAUGAAUAAAAACGUGGGUAACAAAUGGGAAGCUAAGUACCUUACUUAUGUCAACAGUCUUGUUACUGUUGAUCCUUAAAUCUAAUCAC